AUGGCGCCUCGUGUGGACAGCAACGCCGUCCCAGGCACGUUCACCCUGGUGGAUGUGGAUGGUGUCUUGGCCACUCGUCACCUUGAUAGGGGAGACAGAGAUAUCGUGCUCGUGCCUGAACCCUCCAACGACCCUGAUGAUCCCUUGAAUUGGUCACCACGGCGCAAGCUGCUAUCUACGAUCUGUGUGAGCGUGUACACCUUGUUUGCAGGCAUCUCAACCUCGGUUGUUUAUUCGGUGCUGGUUCAGCUCUCUGAAGAGACCGGUGUUGCGGUGGACACUCUCAAUCAGGGAACCGGAUAUAUGUUCUUGCUCGCAGGCUGGGGCCUUCUCUUCUGGCAACCAUUCGCAUUGCAGUAUGGUAAACGGUUGACGUACAUUCUCUCAUUAGUUGGAAUAUUGGGUACCUUGAUAUGGGGUCCUUAUGUUCGUUCGAACGGCGAGUGGAUUGGCCGCAGCAUUUUGUCAGGCUUCUUCGUUGCUCCGAUUGAAGCCCUUCCAGAAGUGACGGUCACGGAUGUGGUGAGUAUUUGUGGCUCAAAGCGGAUGCCGUAUAUUGAUAAAGGCUAG